UCUUCGGUUUGAAUCUUCAGACAGAAAACAUCAUGCCCGAGCCAGCAAAGCCCGCCCCGAAGAAGGGAUCCAAGAAAGCCGCGACCAAGUCCACCGCUAAAGGAGGCAAGAAACGCAGAAAGACCAGGAAGGAAAGCUAUGCCAUCUACGUGUAUAAGGUCCUGAAGCAGGUCCAUCCCGACACCGGCAUCUCCUCCAAGGCCAUGGGCAUCAUGAACUCCUUCGUGAACGACAUCUUCGAGCGCAUCGCUGGAGAGUCUUGCCGUUUGGCUCACUACAACAAGCGUUCCACCAUCACCUCCAGGGAGAUUCAGACUGCAGUGCGUCUUCUUUUGCCCGGUGAGCUUGCCAAGCACGCCGUGUCUGAGGGAACCAAGGCCGUAACCAAAUACACCAGCUCCAAGUAAAUUGUUUAUAUAACGCUCUGAAAUCCCAACGGUUCUUUUAAGAGCCACCCACAUUUCCUUUUAAAAGCAAAUCCAAAGUUUAAUUUUCGUACACGUCACAAGGAGUGGCUACUGGAUAAGGUCACUUAGCUUUACAACGAGUGAGUUUGUAAUUAUUGAAACUCACUGAGUCUCGACGAUGCACACAAGUAAUGCCACAACUAUGCAUCUGAUGGUAAUCAAUCCGGCGUACUACUUAUGUGAGAAUUGUUUCUGUCCUGACAUCCACACCAAGAGAAACAUUAGCGUCCUCAACCAGGAAAGCAUCGCUAGCCUCUUGAACAGCCAUGACGGCAGGGCUAUAGAGGCGCUAAAUGGUUACGGUCCCUUACAACUUGUAUGACUUACGACUGGGACUCAGUUGUAAAAUGGAUAACACGCUUGUUAAGAGUUGAGUGAGUGUCUUAAAACAGCCGGUUUAAAAAAAAAAAUGUAAUCAAUUUAAGCACGCUCCCCUAUUCAAACUCCUCCCCUCAGGUAGGCGCUAGAGAUCUCUGUUCGUCAAAACCUUCAGACACAAAAACAGUUUCCUCCCCGUCGCCGUCUCACUGCUGAACAGCUAACCCACUGUGGCACUGCAAUAACCCUGGAUCAUUAUAAUAACCACUGUACAAUUACUCCCGCAAUCAUAUUUAUGUAUUUCACCCUUACUGUAUAACAGUCAUACUCAUACUGUCUAAUAUUUAUCCCUGCACUUCU